AUUGCGGGAAGGUUGAAGUUUCACCAUCAUGGUGCUUCCACCAAUUACUUUUGAGAACUUGCACACCAUCUGUGUGCAGUAAUAAAGCUUUUAGCAGCUCCAGAUUGCCACGCUGGUGGUGGGGAGUGUGGAUGAAAGCCAGCCCAGUGAAUUAAGGUCAUGUCCCUACAGGGGACAGAAAGCAAGCUCUGGGUAAAACGAUCUAGACAAUCCCUGGGAGAGGCAGCUGGUCCUGGCAGCACUUUGGUAAUCACAGUUCUGCUGUUAAUCUGCAGCCACUGAAGGUAGCAGGAGACACACAGGGACUCACUCCAGGUAUUAACGGACACCUGCAAGAAAAAUACUGCGGGUUCUUGACAGGCAGAGGUGGAUGGAAAGUGUUGUUGAGUAGAAAAUGUGUAAAGCAAGCCAGACAGGCUAAAAAAGAUAAAUAAUCAUGGUACAAGCGAAGGAGUCAACAGCCACUUCUCAGACAAAUUUUAAAAAGGAUUAAUACAACUGCUGAAUCUGUCAGUGGAGAAGUUCUUCGUAAUAUCAACAUUAAAAACCUGACAUUUACAAUACUGAGGAGAAAAUAAAAAGCUUGUAGAUAUAGGUCUGUGUGGGAGGAAGUAAUGUCGAAAGGAAAAAACCAUGAACUGCUGUACCACAUAAAUACACUAUAUUAAGAAAAUUACAACGUGAGAGGGACAUCUUGUGGCACAAAUAAAAUAAAAAAUAAUAGUCCAGUGUCAGGAAGAGUAUCCUGGAAUGUUACCCCAGGGUCACCCUUUCUGGGAGAAAUCCCAGGCCUGGGAAGAGAUCAGUUUGUUCCAGUCUUUCUUAUAGCAGGACUCCUGCUUCCCACUUUCUCAUCUUCCCACCUUUUUGUCUCCAUGAGACGAGGAUUAUAGAACACAGAUGUUCUACCAAAUAUACUUGUCUGUCUUGGUGCAAAUGAUGCUAGUUUUUAAUGAAGACAGAUUAAAAUGUCACUACCGUUAUUUGACUGAAUGUGUUGUCAUCACUAGCAUAAAAUGUGACAGAACCUUAGCUGUGGGUGGUUAACACUUAUUUUCCACUUGUAUCACAAUCAUAUUUCCAUAUGUUCCUAUAAAUUAUAAAGAAUACAUUGAAUUUUCAGGAGGACAGGGGGCCAUGACUGUGUACAGUCAACAGAGAUGGAACCUACCCUGUGUCUGUGCAUCACAGUGUACGAUGAUGUAGCCUUGUCAGUGUGCCUGAACCUUGAGAUUCCUCCUUUGAUUAGUUUUGAUCACAUGGUGAUAAAAGUUUAAUUAUCUUUAACAAGCAGCAGUUUUCCCAGGAGUUGUCAUUGUAAUUUUAAAUAAUUUCUGGAGCAUUUUUCAUUGCCUUGGACGAGGUGGUGCUGUCCCUGGUGGAGUGGGAGAAGUCUCUGCACCACCGCAGUAUUUCCAGUCUCACGGACCUCAGGCACACAUUUUAUUUUGGUGUCUUUGGGAGAGGUUCUGUGCUGGGCUGGUGCUGCACACAAGGAAAGAGCUGGGGAGCAGGCACUGAACCCCGGUUUCCUUCAGGUGCAGCUGGCUUCACCUUGUGGGCUGGCCCGUGGUGCAGGAGGAGGCGCAGCUAGCGCUGGCUGGGGUGUUCCAGCAGGCAGGAGUGAGCUGGCAGGAGCUCUGAGUGGAGUCAUUGCUCUCGGCUUCAGAGGAACAAUAGAAUGUCAAUUAAAGGGAAAAACAGACGUGCCUCUUCCACAGAAAUACCUCAGCUCUGAGGGUGUUAAGCUUUUCAUAAAAACCUGAACACUGGGGAGAUUUUGAUUUCAUGGUGCAUCUUCUGUUUAAAGAUUUCAGCAACCAGAUGUUGUUUUGGUUGGGCUCAGUAUUUCCAUUGUUGCCUUGUUUUUAUGUAUCUGACAUAGAAAGUUGAAUGUAUCAACAUACAUCUUCCUGGGGCUGUUUAUAAUGUGUCUGUUGGUGCCCAAGGAUCCAGAAAUACUAUUUGAAUCAAUUGCUAUGUAAAUCAUUCUCUGCUUUGGAAAGACAGGGGAUCAUUUCUCCAGCAGUAAUUCAAUCAUAGCUUGUUUUUUGUAAAUCCACAAUACCCUGGCCUAAAUUUAAUUCAAAGUUUAUGUUUCCUAGCUACAGUUCUAGUACUUCAGUUGCCAUGAGAAGAAGCACCAUAAAUUAAAAAAAAAACCAGAAAAAAGAAAAAAGGUGGUCAAUAGCAAAGAGAUCUUUUUUGGGUUAAAGAUGGGGCAGAACCCCCAAGUUUUUGUUUUCAGGCAUUUGUACGAGACUAACUAAAAAUCUGCCAAGUCAUGCUGUUGUCCAGCACAGAUUUUUGGCCAAAUGUAUAAUGAAAUGUUUUUUGUAAUUAUUAGUCAGCUAAAAACCUGAGAGUUGCAGCUCAAUUGCUUUGACAUCUGUCCCUUUGGCCUCAAUUCAUUUCCCAUCAGGUAUUCCACAGAAUGAUCAACGUUUAGCUUAGGUUAACCAAACCCUUGGGUUUGUUGGUAUUGGUUGAGUUCAGAGUGUGGGCUUAAGCUUUUAGGGAUCCCAUUUGUACAGAUUUUGAUUGCCAGAGAGCUUUGCUCCAGAUUUUUACUGGUUUGAUCCAUUCAAACACAAAUUCCUCUAGCAAGGGCUUUGUGCUGAGCGGUGGCAGAGGAGCAGGCUGGUGUCAGGGUCACAGAAUGAACUCCCACAUGCUCGGAACAUGUUCUGCAGCCUGUCAGCUGAAGCUCUUGUCGAACAAUAAACAAGAGCGCUACCUUGUUAUGCCUCUCUGCCUUCAGAGAGGUUUUUCUGGUUAAAUAGUGAGAUGGUAUUAAUUUAGGGUGUGAAUACAAGUUGAAGUGCUGUGCUGUGAAUCUCUCGCGUGUUUGCUGGCUGGAAUGUCGCUGGGGUUUCUGUUUUGGUGUCCGAUGUCCCAGGAAUAGCGAUGCCUUUGCGUUCUGUGUGUCUCUGUGUAUGGAGGGAGGCGCCUCCCUACCUGGAGCAGCAUCUGGAUUAAUGGUGGGACAUCGUUCUCAGCUUUGCCCGUGGUUUCAGGUGUCUGCUGAGCAACACACUCUGCGCCUAGGAAAGGCACGUUUAUUCCAGAAUAGGUAUUUCCCCAGAAGGGCUGGGAUGGAGAAGCCUGUAAGUGACGACGGAGCGCGUGAAUGCAGGGCGGUGAUGGGCGGCCGUGCGGGCUGCGGGAGGAGGAGCGGGCUGCGCGCUGGGUGUGUGUCCCUGCGGCACCGGGAGCGGGCAGGGCCGGGACCCGCGGGCGCUGCCGGGGCGGCGGGGUCGCGCCGGGUGAGGCUCCCACCGCCGCCGGCCGCCCGUGGAUCCGCCUCGCCCGGCGCCCCCGCAGUGCGAGCCCGCCCUGCCGGGGCCGCGGCCGGCGCUGCCCGGCUCCCUGCGCGCCGGGGCGGGCGGAUGGGGCCCGGGGCUGCGGCCCCGCUCCCCGCCGGGUCCCCGCCGCGCCGCGCCCUCCCCCGCGCUCCCGCCGCCUCCCUCCCCUUCCUCCCGCCUCCCCGCCCCCGGCUCCGCAUCGCCGCGGCCGGAGCGCACGCCGCCCGCCCGAGGAUGCUCCGCGCUUUUGUUCCCCCGCCGCAGCCUUUGGGAGGACUCUCGUCCUGACUCGGUGGAGGUUCCUCUCCCUCUUUCCCAGCCCCUCAUCCCUCCUCGGCGCGGCAGCCCACCCAGGAGGGCAUCAGUAUCAGCCCUCUCCGGUGCGCCGGGGAAGUUGCUGGCAUGCCUGCCGCUGGGUCCCGGUGCUCCGGCAGCGGCUGGGAGCCGGAUUUAAAGGGGAAUUGUGCUGCAGACAAUGCACAGCAGCAGCAUCUGGAGCAGCCCUGGGGACUGGAGCUCCGGUUUUGACAUUGCUGCACACACAGCACCAGCCGCAAUGACAGCAGCUGCCUGGAGUGGCUGCAGGCAGCAGGCAGGAGCAUGAAGUAGAGAGAUCACUGCAGUGCUCAAGAUGAACUCCUCUUUGGUUGGCAACCAGAGUGGCCGGCCCUUCUGUCUCCUGGCCAUUAGCUAUUUGGAGACCAUCAAUUUUUGCCUCCUGGAAGUGGUUAUUAUUGUGUUCCUCAUGGUGCUGAUUAUUUCGGGCAACAUUAUUGUGAUAUUUGUCUUUCACUGUGCACCUCUGCUGAACCACCACACCACCAGCUACUUCAUCCAGACUAUGGCGUAUGCUGACCUCCUGGUGGGCGUGAGCUGUCUGGUGCCUUCUUUGUCUCUGCUGCACUAUCCUAUUGUUUUGAGUGAGUCCUUGGUUUGCCAAAUCUUUGGUUAUGUGGUAUCAGUGCUGAAGAGCGUCUCCAUGGCCUCCCUGGCCUGCAUCAGCAUUGACAGAUACAUUGCCAUCACCAAGCCCCUGACCUACAACACGCUGGUUACCCCGUGGAGGCUGCGAAUCUGCAUAUUGACCAUUUGGCUCUACUCCUGCCUGGUCUUCUUACCCUCCUUUCACUGGGGAAAGCCUGGAUAUCACGGGGAUGUGUUCCAGUGGUGCGCCAGUUCCUGGAACACCGAUCCCUAUUUCACCCUCUUCAUCGUGGUGAUGCUCUACGCGCCGGCCGCUUUCAUCGUCUGCUUCACCUACUUCAACAUCUUCCGCAUCUGCCAGCAGCACACCAAGGAGAUCAACGAGCGCCGCGUGCGCUUCAGCUCGCAGGACGGGGAGGCCGGGGACGCGCAGCCCUGCCCGGACAAGCGCUACGCCAUGGUCCUCUUCCGCAUCACCAGCGUCUUCUACAUCCUCUGGCUGCCCUACAUCAUCUAUUUCCUGCUGGAGAGCUCCAACGUCUACAGCAACCGCGUCGCGUCCUUCUUGACCACUUGGCUUGCCAUUAGCAACAGUUUCUGCAACUGUGUCAUUUACAGUCUCUCCAACAGUGUCUUUCAGAAGGGGCUGAAGCGUCUCUCGGGGGCCAUCUGUGCCUCGUGUGCUAGACAGAGGGUAGCUAAGGACUCCUCUACCUCGAGGAGCAAAAGAUCUUCCAAUGGCUGUCACGUCUAGGACGCCUGUCAGCUGGACUGGGAAGCGCAGGGACAAUUGCGGAGAUUGCAAAUUAACGUAGAUAGGAUUUUAAGAUACCCAGAUUUGCAAAAAGGUUUCUGAGAAAUGCUGCUGACAUAGAAGGAUCAGGAGCACAGAUCGUUGUGGUUUCACUUUAAAAAAUGAUUGCUGUGGAGGAGGCUGUGGAGUUUCACCUCCACAUUCAUUUUAAAGAAUAAAGCUGUAUCUUGACACUUACCUCUCCAGCUGGUGUGACUGAAUGGAGUGGGUGUCUGAGAGCUUCAGCAAAAUGUAGUCUUUCGUACAGCUUUACUGGGUUUUUGGAGAUUCGUGCUUCACAUGUAAAUGAUAGAUCUGAAGUGGAAAUGUCACAGUCUAUGGUAUAUUACAGGGAUUUUUUUAAUAUAUGCCAAAGUAUAUUGACACAACGUUCCAGCGUCAGAACAGAAGGGGCCAAACAAAUUGUUUUUCAGUGCUACCUAGACAGGACUUGUAGGACAGGGGUGCACAAUGUGAACGUUUCAGUGUGAACUCUGUUCCUGAGCUGUGAGUGCAGCGCUGUGGUCUGGGCAGUCGCACUCCUAGGGCUGGUCUGGCCUCCGUGCCCUGUUUCCCUGGUAGGACGCGUGUUUGGAUCAGAGUGCGGCAUCCGUGUUUUCCUGUUUGUUGUGAAGGAAGAAGAAAAACUUGGAUCAGACCAAAUUUAGCAGUUAAAUAAAAUGUGUUUUGAUAAGCUGAGAGAUAAUACGUGUUGCUUUAUGAUACCAGAGUUGUAGCAGCCACUCAAGGAUGAUGCCAGCAUGUGAAAAUUGUUCUCAAACCAGUGGAGAAAUGCCGCGGGUUUGUAUGUGGAAAUUUUCUCAAGAACAACUUUAAAAAUAACAUGUCCCCCUUUUUUUUUUUUUUUUUUAAUCUAAAUUCUUCUGAUAUUUUACAUACUGGAACUUAAGGGGAAAGGAAAGAAAACAAUUGUCUUCUAAACAGCUAAGGGAACUAUGUUGUAAAUUUAACUGUAGUAUUUGAGUUAUUCAUAAGUGCACAGAGCUAAAUCAGAGACAUUUUUCUUUAGCCUUCAUGGGAUUAAAGAUGGUUCAAAUAUAGCAGGAGCUAAAUCCUGUUGGCAAAAGCGUAUCUAACUGGUCAGACAAAGGCAAUAUCUGAGGAACCAAAUCUCAUUGACCACAGCUUGUUCAAGCUCGCCUAGAUUAAAUGUUUUGAGUACUGUCAUGCUGUUAAGAAGGCAGAAUGUCCCUCAAAUUGUUGAGUUUUUCCUAAAGAAUUAUCCUUGUCUUUUUACUGAUGCCAUUUUGGAAGUGAAAGUGAAGCAAGUGUUCCUGUGGUGGUGGAUUGCAGUGUCACCCUGCCCCUGGUGCAGGGCUGUCCCUGUGUGUCCUGCUCAGGACAGGCUGUGCCCCCGACCAUCCUCCCACUGUGCCCCUCCUUGUGCUUCCCAUCACUGCCUUGGUGGCUGAGUGGGGAAUUCCCUGAGCUCCUCUGCUACAGCUGGUGUGCUCUUAGUCACAGUGGGAAUGAAAAAAGGAUAGGGAAAAAGAGUGGGAUAUUUUUAGAAUUGGGGUAAUUCUCUUGGCCAAAGGGAAGGCUCUGUUUCGGUAAAUGGUUUCAAGUCCACAUUGUUCUAGAUCAAGAUCAUAUUUUUAAUACUCUGCCCUAUCCCUCCUGCAAACUCCCCCCUCCUGUGUGCUGUGAGCCCUGGCCUCUCCUCUCCAUGCCUUGCCCUGGAGGAUAGCAGCUUUCCCUGCCCCAUCACAUGCACGAUUGCUACAGCCGGGCCCUGCUGCCCAUCCACAUUUGCUCCAGUGCAGUCCCGUGGGGCUCCAGUGAGGAAACGGGGAAGGAGUGAGUGAGCAGCAGGGUAAAGCAUUCCUGGCAUGGCAUGGAUGUGUCAGCACUCAGUGCUGCUGCACUUGAGUUCCUCUCCUGGGUGUGUGUGUACCUGUUCAGGGGAGGAAGGGCAGAACCCCCUGCUGCUGCUGCCUCCUUCUGUUGGAGGACCCUGGGGCAAAGCGCUUAAGUGGCAUCUUGGUCAGCAUCCAGUGGAUUGCAUCCAGUCAGCCCAAACCUCUCAAGAUAAACAUCCUCUUUGGUUCAUCUGAAAUGUUAAGAGCACAGCUUGUCUAAGCGCUGCUGCCUUCCUGCCACCAUUUCUUGGUGUCUGUAGAAAGAGCAGAGAGGGGCUGGUGCUGGUUGCUGGCAGACACGGCCGGAGCUGUGCUCGGAAUUUUGGUUAGACACAGGCGUGGGGGAGCACGGGGCUGCGGUGACUCACUGGGCAAGGGAGGGGGAUAAUAAUGAUAAUAAUGAUAAUAAUAAUGAGCUCGCAGCACAUCUGAUUGUCUCAGGCGCUCCGUGGGUAUGAUAGCAAAGGGGGGCUUUGGGGAACCAUUCAAGGGCUUUAGUCACUAAUAUCAAAGUGUGUGUGUGUGGUAUUUUUGGAACAGCCUCUCAGGUAAACUCCCCGUAGCCUUUUUCUGACUCUUCACCUUAGCUAACAUUUCCUGGUCUUUGAAAUGAUACAGUGUAUCGUUGAAAUAGCAUUUAAUUAAACUGAGCAGAAGAGAAGAAUCUGCUGGGGCCUAAAACCCUAGAAAUGGCAGUUUCAGGUUUAAGUGGAAGCUGGACAGCAAGGACUGUUGCUUUGGGGGUUUUUUAUGGCUAAAUAGAGGGUUUGAAUAGGAACAUUGUGUGCUGGUUUUUGAGAAUUUUGGAAGUUUUUGAAACUAGUAAGGGGUCUAAGUCAUGGCAUAGAGAUUUAACUGGAGCUGAAGCAGUUGCUCCUUCAGCCCUGAGCCUGGAGUUGCACUUGGAGCAUGGUUGCUGAUCCAGAUGCAGAUGCAUUCUUGCAGCUGUUGCUGCUCUGCAGCGAAGGUUCAGUUCUAACAUUCCUGACAGCCAGGCUGUUUUCAGUUGCCUUACUCAUCUCCAAGUCUUCCUCAGCUCAGACAUUUUCUGUAAGAGGUGAAAAUCAGAGUUUGAAAGUCUCCAGGAGAUAAGGAUGGAGAGGAGUUGCAGCCAACUGAUGCAUUCAAGUUUCAUCCACUGUACAGACACUUUUGGUGUUGCCCCAGUAGCUUAAUUUUAGUGUCAAAUAUUUCUCUUUUUGUCUGUGUUAAUUUAUUGAUAUUUUGAAGAUUUAAAUUACAUUUUUUCCUCUUAAUUUAAUGUCAAUAUAGUAUGUGUAGUAUGUGUUUAGAUGUUUUAAUAUUUAUAAAAUAUUUGAGUCUAUUGUCUUCAGUGAAAAUGCAGGGGGUGAAUUCUGUUCUUUGUGCCAAUGGUGGGAAGAAUCAUUUUGACAAACAUGACUUUGUUUCUCAGCAGUGCACUGAACACCUUUUGUCAUGCACAGCACAGGGUCCUUCCCACCACAACCCGUGCUGGGGGUGUCAGGCAGCAAACUUUCCUCCUCAUUUUCAUUUUCAUCCUCCACCUCUGAAAUGAACCCGCUUGUGGCUCUGUUUGUGUCCGGGUGCUUUGGAAAUCAGUGGUGAGAGCACUGCGCACAUAAAUGCCACACUGAGGAGAGGACAGAAAUCAAAUUGCAUCCUCAUGACAAUGAGGUUGUGAUAUGAUUAAAUGAACUAAUUUUGAAGUUCCAUCUCAGACUAUAAAUUUGUUUUGUAUUAGAGUUAUCUGCCUCACUUUCAAAUUAAGCUGCUGGAAGGUUCAAUUUGCAAGAUGCAAUUCAGUGGCUUUUUUAAUGCCAUGGGAAGUAUUUCUAUACUCACAGCUUCUUAGAUGAUGAUAAUUUGCCUCAUGUAGAAGUCCUUUUUAAAAAAACAAUAUUACUGGAAGUUUAGGUUGUGAUUGUGUUGUCAUUUGCCAAAUAUACUGGGAAAAUAGCUGUGAAAUAUUAUUUUUUAUGAUCUCAAUCAAGGGACAGUAUUUUUAAACUCAAUAGAAAUCUUUUGUGUCAAACAAAAGCUUUGCUAUUAUCUACUGUUAAUUUCAUUUUAUUAAAUGUUAGCAGUUUCUACAGUCCUUAUUUGUUGUUGGGGAGUUUGUACUUGUUUUUAAGCUUCUUAUCACUCAGAAAUAUGUUUCUACUACUUGGAACUCUGACAUGGCUCAGUGUCAGAGUGCCAAGGGGCACUUUUGGGUAUUUGUCACAAGUCUUUGACGGGAAGAAAGAGGCACAAAGUACCAAGGCACAGAGAAUUGCAAGAGACAGAGAAUUUCCAAUGGCAUUGUUCCCUCUUUCUCAUAUAAAGGCUUUACGUGUGAGAACCUAAAUUUCAGUUUGUCUAUUCUGAAAAAAGACACUUCCAAGGCCUGGAUGUGAUACGAGGUGGAAACAUUCAGUGUGCAAAUUCAACAUGCAGAUUUUUGGCUGUUUAUCGUGGUGUUCCCAAGUGCUGUGAUGAUCAAGGCAGUAACUCUGUGGGUCAGGAAGUCUGGAAUAUUUCAGUCUGAUCUUAGUUCACAUCGGGGUUUGAAGUUGACAGGACUUCUAAGUCAGGUUUGUGCUUCAAAAAAUAUUUCUUAGGAACUAGUAUGUGAGCACAGGAAUCUGCCUUCAGAUUUUACAGACAAAAGACCCUUCUAAAAUUUUUCUGAUUCACUUGUUUUAGACAUUUUAAUAAGAGAAGGUGGAGGUUUUGGAAGGCUUUUUUUGUUGUUGUUUCAGCACAUGCUUGGUUCUGAGUUUUCGAAGCACCUGCUGAAACUUUUGCCUGACUUGGCCCUUAUUUUAUUGUUUGUUUUAGAAAAGUUUCUUCUUCCCUUCCACGACUUUGCAGAACACAACACAUCCUUCCCAUGGUGUCAUUCAAGAUAAACUCAGAUUUUAAUGCAAGUUUAUCCAAAUGUUAUCUUCAAUACUCCCUACACAGUGAGUGCUGCUGUGUGCGGGGCUGUGGUCAGGCAGUCCUGGGGGCUGCAGCUGCUCAGGUUUUCCAGACUGUCUCCUCUCUGGGCAUGGUGGGAAAAUGCCCCAUUUCCACAGCACAGAAAUGUGUUCUCCUGGCUUCUAGGCCCAUGUCUUACUUCAGUUGGUAUUUCCAUUAUUGCCUCUGCUUUGCAGAGGUACUGCUUCAAAAGAUGUUUCUGCACAUAAGCAAAGCCAUUUAGUACUAAAGUUAUGUGUUUGGGAGGGACUAGGUCUUCAAAAUUAAAAUUUAGUUAGUGUAGGACCAGGUGCAGUUGUGUUUAGAGAAAGAAACUGAAAGUUGUGGCUGAUUGAAACAAAGAGGGGAAACCUGGAGUGAGUCAAAACAAUGGAGUAUUUAAUGUGGGUCAUUUUCUUUACAAUACACACUUCUUUUAAAUACAGAGUUGAACCUUCUUGCGUUUCUUUGCUGCUCCCUGGGGGCAGCUCCUCUGAGCCUGGGGUCUCCCACACCCACCCAGAGGGAUUCCCUGCAGAGCUGGGGUGAUGAUCAGCCCCUCAUUUGAGUUCAGAUAAGGUGAGAGAUCUUUCCGAGGUGUCACAGCCACAGGGAGUUAAUCUGAUGGGAUAUACUUUGUUUGGUCAGCUUGUCAGGUUUUUUUCCUGUGACAUUGUUUUCUAGACAGGUGAAAGGUUUGUUUAGAGAAGCAGCUUUGCUGAUGCCUCUCCACACAAUAUUGAGUUCUGUCAUCUGUCAGUUCUUACCCAUUGCAGAGGGGAGAGCAAGCCCCAGUGUGUGUGCCCUGCAGGCAUUCAGUGUGCCUGCAGAUCCGGGUGUUUGUGGGAAUCACCCAAAUCCCAUUUGCAUCUCCUGAGCUUUAGCAGAUAUUGAAAACAUGACCAGAAGUGAUGGUGCUGUGUCCUGGUCCUCACUGUCUCUUUACAUCUCAGAUGUCCCUGAGCAAUCUGUGCAGUCAGAACUGGUCCUCGCUGGUGGUUUCGUGGUUGUUUGAGCUGAGAAACAGAAGUUGUUAAAGUCAUCUUUGUUUGUCCUGGAGCUGUUUUGGGGGAGUGUUGCAGUCCCUAGCGGAUCACAGGAUGUGCAGGCUCUGCUCCAGGAGAGCCCAGGAGGCACCAGGUCCCUGCUGUGGGUUGGUAACCAGUAGCUUUAUUGGCUGAGAAGUUCUAAGGAGUGCUGAGUGGAUGCACAUUAUAUUUAUAAUAUUAUAGAUAAUAUUUAGAGUAGGGGUUUAGAGAGAUGCCCAUGUUUGGAAGGAGGGGAUUGGAGGGCUCCACCUGCCUGUGCCUGUGCCUGAGGUGCAGACAGGGGGGUUGGAACAGAGCAGGCAGUCCAGACUUUCUGUUCUGACUUUUAUUUAUGAAUUUGUAAGAUGAAGAUAGCAAUUUUGUAAUUCAAAGCUUUGGCUUCUUUCUGAUGGUCAUUACUGGAGAUCCUUCUGUGAAAAGGUGAAAUAAAUUUGAGUGGCUCCUCAUGAAGAUGAACUCAAGUCUUGCUGUGCAUAUGCGAGUCAUUCUCACUGUUACACAGACCACGUGAACCGAGCAAUCAAAUGCUUAAUAAACCAAGUCAUUACUUUUAUGGUAAAUUGAAAAAAGUUCUUCUGGGAUUUCAACUGUAAAUGAAUCCUUGAAAAUCAAUAAUUAGAUUAGUAAAGGAUGACGGUUUAAUAUGCUGGCAGGAAUAUAGAGGGAUUUGUCAGGGGAAGCAAAACCAGACUUUGCACUAAAGUGGCUUAGGUAUAUUUAUAGUGCUAGUGAUUCUGUGUGUGUGUGAGAUCUUUGGACUAUUUUAAUAUAAUGUAAGGCUUUGAGCUUUAGCGAACUCAAGUUGCUCGUUUUAUGAAGUUACAUUAGUACCACACUGUGAAGUAUUUUUAAAUAUUAGCAUUACUGAGUAUUAAAAGUAUUUCAUAAAACCAUUUUUAAAAUGUUUUCUGUAGAUGCUGUCGAAUGAAUUGAUGUUUAGUGUACAAAGAAAUAAAACCUGAGGGCUGUAAGGUACCUGUAUGUUUCUGAUCACCUCGGUUUUUGAGGGGUUAGAUAUUUCUUGAGGUUAAAUUGUCAUUAAAACUUACUAAAAAUACUGGUGCAGUUAAUCCUUUCAGAGAACAGAAAGCAGCAUUACCUCCAGCCACACUUUUGAACUGUCUGAAAGGAUUUGCAAUUGUUGUAUUGUCUUGACAGACUCAUGUCUCUAGAAAUGCUGUACAGCACAGUCUUUUGCAAGUUCCUAUGCUGAUACAUUUCUCUCCAUAUGUAACCUUUGAAAUCUAGUUUCUAUUGUAAUUCUAGCAUGUAAACACUAGAUUCAAUUUUGUAUUCCUCUAAUGAAUGCAACAGGAUGGAAACACGUUUGCAAUUGCUAAUGAUGAGCUUUUUUACUGUUCUUAAUACUCGUGGGUAUGUCUUUUCUUCAGGGAUUUCAGAAUUGUAUUCGUACCUUUUUAAAUUGUUUUUUCACAUGCUGUUUACAAUUAAACCACGAGCAUGGGAGGCUGUGCGUGCAUGUGCUUUUAGGUUGCUUUGCUGAAUGAAAUACAGUGGAGUGAUCUUCCUUUAAAACCUCUCAGUUGCCCAGAGCAGCUGUGGCUGCCCCUGGAUCCCUGGCAGUGCCCAGGGCCAGGCUGGACAGGGCUUGGAGCAACCUGGGAGAGUGGAAGGUGUCCCUGCCCGUGGCAGGGGGUGGAACUGGAUGAGCUUUAGGUCCAUUCCCACCCAAACCGCUCCGUGGCUCUGUGAUGCUCAUCUUUCCUUGUGUCCCACCUGUCUCCUCACACCUUUCCCAGCACUGCUGCAGCAGAAGCCACCAGCGGGGUUAUUGUGGUGUGGAGCUCUGGCAUUGUCAGAGGCUGUGAUGAGGGGUUUUGUUUGGGACACAAUCCAGCUCCUUACACAAGCAGUGUUCCACCCGGUAGUUUUUUCCUGAAUGUCGGUGAAAAGGCCAAGAGUAGAUGAAGUCACAGGUGAGAAUGUGUAUGUGUGUGUUUGUAGGAACUCCGUGCACCUUUUAAUGCUGGAAAUUGUUUUGUAUUAAAAGCAGAGAAAGAGCUGUGAGUGUGGAACCCCUGCUAGGAGGAGCUGUGGGGAAACCUCCACCCCAGCAGGUUAGAAAAGCAAAGAGGUGAAUUAGAGGCAGUCUGAGCCUGGGUGCUCUAAUUCUGGUUUAGUUCUGACACACUGGGGGCUGUCUGGGUGGGCUCCUGAUGCUCCUUGGCCCUGCUGGGUCUGCUCUGGCUCACACAAGGGAAGAGUUCUCAUGCUCAAGGCAGCUGAGGAAGAGUUGAUGUUGGGGCUCCAGAAUUACCUGUGUUGUGCCAACUCAGAACUGUUGUUAAAAUACAGGGGAGAGGGGUUCUUCCACCCCGUGAUUUUAAUAGACAUUUCUGUAGCUGAUUUUUCAACUAAGACUAAUAAUAAGAAAAACUACAGUUGAGCCAAAAAUGACAAAUGUUACUGAGUUAAAAUAAUACUUGCAUAUUUUUAACUAUUAAAUGGAACUAGAUAAAUCGGAAGCAUGUAAAUAUCUGAUUCUAAAUCUUUGCAUAAUUAUUUCCAAGAGGUAAUUUUGCUAUGAGCUAUUAAAACUCCAAGAAAUGUAUUAUUCCCCUUUGAGAUGGUGUGUACCCCAGCUGUGUCAUACAUCUCUUGGCUUGUUUCCUUUUUGCUCUAGAUGUACAUACAUAUAUAUAUAUAUUUGUGUGCUGUGCAGUUGUACACUCACUGCCAUGUUAAAUUGAUUGUUUUCAAAUGAGAAUAUCUGUGUAUUUUACACGUGUGUGUAUAUGUAUCCCCAAACAAGCAGUUUAACAGGGCAGUGGUUGUCCAGCCACAGAGUUUAGGGCUUUGUACAAUAUGUAAUUUUAAGAAUGUCAAUGUGGUUCUUAGCGGAUUUUAUAAACACUUCUCUGAAUCUGUUAUCAGCACUUCCCAUCCUACAAGAAACUGCACAUUUUUCAGUGAUUGUUCCACUGGUUACAUUUUUGUCUGCCAUUUGUUCUGGAUUGAUGUAAUCUUGAUACUACUAAAAUUUCAAGGGCUGUUGACGCAUUUCACAUAGCCUGGGAUUGCCUGUUCUCCAAAUGUAUGGAUCAUGCAUCAACAGUACUAAGUAGCCUUACUGUUUUGCCUAAAAGCCUAGCUAAUUUAUUUAAUAUUCUCUCUUUAAAGAGAGGUCUCUGGAAGGGGUGGAUAUUUUAGGAUGCUCCUUCUCUUUAAAGGGAAACUCGGAAUUGACUAGCAGUACUUGUUGAUCAGUGAUAUUAUUGUAGCCAAAGGAUGCAUGGGUGAUUUAAUAGGAAGUUUUUGCUUCAAGUUUCUUGAUGAAAUGUAGUGUUCUACAGAGCUGUGUGAAGAGUGUAGUUUUUUAUUCUGAAAUGCACUUGUACACUUUAUUUGAAAGGUCUGAAUGGAUCAUAAAUACAUUUAAGAAAUAAAUGAUACAUCACAUGUUUUCACGGCUUGUCUCGGGUGGCUUUUCUGUUCCUGAGCUGCUAAAGGUGUGUCCUUGGCACUGGGUGGGGCUUUUCCCUUCUCUUGAUUGCUGUAAAUUGCAGUGAGAGCAGGGCCAGGAGAAGCUUCCAGCCGGGCUGGUGUUUGUGCUUUAUCCAUACAGGCUGCAGGGCACCGUGGGCAAACUCCUCGCUUUAAUUUUCCUGUGGGAAACUUGAGCCCUAAAAGGAAACGAACAGAGCGAAAGGGCUGGAUAUCACAAGGGAUUCACUUUUAUUUUUAGAAUUGCACUAUAUUGCCAUAUUUGGCCUGAAACUAUGCUGUAUCAAUGCACUAUUGUAUCCAAUUGCAGUGUCUAACCAGUCCAAAUUUGUCUAAAUUAUUCAGGUUUUUUCCACAAAUACUCUUUAUCUGUGAACGUUCUGGGCUAGUGCUGACUGCAGGUAACACAUUCUGCAGGCAGCAUUCCUUGUGGGAAGUUAACAAGUACAUUACUCUGAAAAUGUGGUUUGUGUCACUUCCUUGAGGUCUCAGUAGCAGGUGUAAUUCCUCCUACCGAAACCUUCUCCAGUGGUCCGGGCAAAGACAAAUGCAGGAAGUGCACUCUGUGUGAAAAUGAAUGUAAACAUUGCUUAAUAAAAGUAAUUAUGGGAAUGCCAUCAGCCUGCAAAACAGACCUGGUGGCACAGGAUCCUGCUAGCACUGAAAAUAGCUGUCAAAAAACCAUUUAAUGUAUUUGAAUGUACUUAAAAUGUGCAGAUCUGCUCAAAAUAACUUCUCCCCAUCGUGUAAUAUUACCCUGCUGCUGCCCAUGAAAGCUGCACAGAAUUUUGGCUCUCUCUGAGUGUUGGAUCUGCUGGAAUCUGUCCCUGGCUUGGUGCACUCCAGGGUGGCUUGUUCAUGCCUUGCAGCAACACACCACAUGCUGCUCCCACCCUGGCAAAGGCAGGAGAAUUCCAGUGGUGGACUGAGACUCCAGACCCUUCCCACAGUGAUCUCUGACCGUGUGGCAGAAUCCCUGCAGUCAGGGGGACCUUCCUGAGGAAUAACUGGAAUGUGGAAAUGGAGCCAUUGUGGCAAGAGUGAGAGUCAGGCCCAGUUUGGGUUGGUGGUGUGUCAGAUAACUCAGCAGUGAGCAGAAUUCCACGGCUGGAAUCAUUCUGGGGGUUGGGGCAGACUAAAGUUUGGUCCCCUUGCAUUUCUCCACUGGUGAGGUGUUCCUGAAGCCAGCCUGUGGCCAGGUCAGGGUUUCCCCAGGGGAUUUUCUCCAGCAGCCUGGUUGGACAGGAGCUGAUCUUUGGGUGAUGAGCCAUUUCCAGCAGGCAGCUUCCUCUGCUCUCUGAAGGUUUCUUAUUUCAUUCUUUUCAGCACAAAUCUUGUCCUUUAGCAAUUCUUUGCUGCAGCUUCUUCAUCCUCUUGGGUUUAUGUAGGGGAUUAGGAGGAAUAAACCUGAGCUGCUGAAAAGUGCAAGUAGAUCAGUCCCAGGAAGAGGGAAUUCCAGCUCUUCCAUGUCUUUAAUUGUGCCUUAAGCUACAGAAAAAGCUUCCAAAGUAGCACAGUCUCAGUCUGAAUAUGUUGAGGCUGUAACUUCCUGACAUGGUUUGCAGGUCCUAGGAUGCUCCCUGCAAGAUCAU